GGCUGUCGCGGUCAUUCCAGCUGGAAUUAUAAGUUGUCCACGUGGAAUAAACCAAAGUAUUCCGGUACGCCCAUUUCAACAAAGCCCCCCAUUUACCAUCGAAGCUACAAUGCCGCCCACCGCAGCGCCAACUACAGCGGCCGCGUGCUGCCUCUCUCCUCAGCUCCCACCAAACUACACACUUAAUGUAGGGAUGCCACCAGUACCGGCUUAUCGCAACCUUCGUGUCGCAGCCGGCCUCACUUCCAUAACCGAGCCGCAGGCAUCCCGAGCUAUUUCCGGAACCUGGUACGGCUGUCACAUCCGUUACGCGGUGCCACCGCAUCAGUCGUCCAAUCCCACCGUCGACCAGGUCGUGGGCAUGGGACGCAUCAUUUCGGACGGUGGUUGGUACUUCCACAUUGCCGAUAUGGCUGUUUUGCCGGAGCACCAGCGGCAAGGCCUCGGCGUCGCCAUUAUGCAGGAGCUACUCGCCUAUAUCGAGCAGAAUAAGCCGUCCGAGGGUGUGCCCAACAUUAAUCUAAUGGCGGACCCCCCCGGGAUCAGCCUAUACAAGAAGACCGGCUUUGUUUACAGCAGCAAUGUGGGCGAGCACGGAAUGGUCUGGGUGGGAGAUUCUCGCAACGGGGGGCAAGGCUUUGCAAGUGAUGGAAACGAUGGGAACAAGUGGGAUGGUGGCAGUUGAGCGUGUAAUUCGCAUUAUCCGAACCAGGGGUCCGUUUGUUCACUUUUUGCGCGCCAUUCUCCAUGAAGCGUUUUACUACGCCCGUUUCCUCUGCAUUAAUUUUUUUCCCCUUUUGGGUGGCCCGCUUCUCUUUGGCUUCCAUUGUUUCCGGUGUACGCAGGACAAAGUCUUUGUUUGCAUAAACAGCAAAGAAAUAGGAAGCUUUGUUGAUAUCAAUGAGUACGGAGGGUAGCAUGCGUGGCCGUUGUUCAAUCAUUAACUACUGUACAAUCCUUUGUUAAAACAACCCGAUGAACCCCGCCGCAGGUAUAUAUAAGCUUACAGCGUACUCCGAUGAACGCCGCUUGUUU